AUGCGUUAUUCCCUCCUUUCGAUGGCUGCUUUAGCCGCUGCUGACGGCACCUUAUUGUUGCUGGCGUUCCACCACCAGGGCCAGCUUCAGUUCCCAAUGAAAGUGGGACUGAGCGAUGAGGAAAUCAAGUUUGUUGGUGUUAGUGAGCAAAGUGCCAUUUUCAUCAACGACAUCAAAGGUGCCUGUGCUCCUGAUAAAGCCAAAGAUAACUCGGAUCUUUGCUCGAACGCCUGGAACGCCCUGGACUCGAAACUGUUAAAGCUUAGCGACGAUAAGUUCACCAAUAACUGGUACAACGGGCUGUGGGCUACCGACGAGAUCCGUGUUGGCGUGGCCGACUUGCUGGGAGUCCCCUUUGGUCUUCUGCAACCGCUGGCAGUGCAAAUGAAGACCAAUGCCGGCAAUAUCGAUAUCGGGGCCCUUGGCUCCAGUUUUGGCUACGGCAUCCAGCUGAACGAUCUGGCCCUCUCUGAUCACUCGUUCAUUGACUAUCUUACCAAACUGAGCGUGAUUCAAAAGCCGGUAUUCUCCGUAUACUCGGCGGACCCCGUAUACCUGAAUGCCUCGAAAAUCAACUUCUUAUAUGGUGGUGUUGAUACUGCUAAAUACGGCAAAUUGGCUGAUUUAGAUAUCCAAUUACCCAAAGAAGCCUCGGCUCUCAUCGGACUGGUGGCCCUUAAAGCGUUAUACAUUGAGGAUGGCGAUAAGACCGAUAAAGUGACCGACGAUAAGAACUACAGUAUUGACUUGCGCUACCUGUACUCGGCAGUGACCGACUUUAAGAUGCCUAAGGGCGUGUGGGAUAAGGUGAAGGAUCACUUUAAAUACUCUGAUGUGCUGGGAGCGCUCCCUCAGGCUGAGGGUGACUGUAUCUCGUCGGACGCUCUGUUUGUGUUUGAGUUCAGCGAUGACGUCAAAGUGAAGAUCCCCUUCAAGGAUUUACAGGCUAAACUGACCAACGACGACUCCAAGUGCUCGGUGAGAAUGUACGGUGGCUCGCUGGAUACCGACUUCUUCUUCGGGCCGGCGAUGUUGCACCACAUCUAUGCUGUUUACGAUACCAAAGAACGUAAGGUUUCUUUAGGACAAAUGGUUUUUGGCGACGAUCUGUCGGUGGAGAGUGUCUCCGGUGACUUGCCUCAAGGUAAAGCUGCCACUGACUCUUCGUCUAAGUCCAGUGAAGCGUCUGGUAGCGAAGCUUCUUCCUCGCUGACUCCCUCGAAGGAUAACUCGCAACAAAAGCAAUCGGGUACCUCCACUGUUAGAGUUAGUGUGCUGGUGUUGGCCAUGGCCAUGAUGGCGCUGUGGUUUAUUUAG